AUGAGCGCCCCGCUCAACCGCCAGCAGACUCGAGGCAGGCCUUCUCGCAGCCCUUCUCCAAUUGAGAAUGCCUCAGGUAGCGGCAACUCAGCAGUAUCCGCCAGCAUCGAUCGGGUACAGGCUUGGUUUACCUCCAACCAACCCAUCAAUCUCAACGGAGACUCGAGUACCUUGUCCACCAGACAGAGCACCUCUUCUUCCCAGCAAGCUGCAGCCUCUCGUCAGCUAGCAACGCCCUCUUCUUCUCAGCAAGCACAAGGUUCUUCAACUUCGCCGGCCGAAAUGUGCAACAUUCUAGUCAUCACCGAUCCCGGCCGACCUGCUGCCGUCCUCCGCAAGGCCAAGUCCUUCUUCAACAAGAUGACCGGCCGCAACGACGACAUGGAGUCAUUGGCUUCGUCGUCCGAGGACGAGGACCGAUCUAACUGGCCCAACGGCUUGGACCCUCGCAUGACUUGCAGAGGCCUUCCUGGAAGCCGCUUCAUGACCCGGGAGGAGGUCACCGUCUCCAGCCAGCCCGCUAGCCCUUCUCUUUCUACAGCCCCUACCGCUACUGCUUCUACCUCAGCGCCCCCCGCGCCCGAGGGUGAUAUCAUUUCUCACUUUCAGGUCACCCGAAACAUCUCACCUGACAAGACCAACUCUACAGAUGCGAACGACGAGUCGCUGCAGCGAUACAAGCAGUCCCUCGGUCUUGGAGGCGGCAAGGAUCUCUCGGACCCCAACGAUCCCCGAGUCUGCAUCAUCAAGUCGCUGACUAUGGAGUCCCCGGGCCGUCCUCCCGUCACCAUCGACCUGUCCGCUCCCGGCAGCGAGGCUACUCUGAAGGACCACCCGUUCAAGAUCAAGGAGGGAGCUAAGUUCACUAUGGUUGCUUCUUUCUGCGUCCAGCACGAGAUCCUUAGCGGCCUGCAGUACGUGCAGAUUGUCAAGCGCAAGGGUAUCAAGGUCAGCAAGGAUUCGGAGAUGUUGGGCAGCUAUGCUCCCAGCACCGACAAGCAGCCCGUCUACCAGAAGCGCUUCCAAGAGGAGGAUGCUCCGUCUGGCAUGCUUGCUCGUGGCCAUUACAACGCCGUCUCCAGCUUCGUCGACGAUGACAAGAAGAACCACUUGCAGUUCGAGUGGAGCUUCGACAUCGCCAAGGACUGGUAG